CUGGAGCCAUCUGGAACACUCGUGUACUGUGGCCCCGCUGCUCUCGUCACGUGUCCAACACCUAUUGAGGCUUCGCCGGCCUCUACCUGCAAGACUCGACAGACUGCCUGUGGAGCCGUGAAGUUGUAACCCAGGGCGAUUCCUUGGCGGUGUUCGUCUACGCCUGCGGCAGCCUCCCCCUCAUCCAUGCUUUGCGGGCCGCCUGUGCUGAGGAGGGGUAUCGGAUGCCAUCGAGUGGGAGGUAAGACGACCUUGGCGGGGAUGAGUGUGGAUCAGAUGAGGAUGAAAAGGAAAAGGGGUCAUCAGAAGCCAAUGACAAGCCAUCAGAAGUGGAAGGGGGAGGGGUGGGUGCGUCUGUGUAUCGGGUGUGGAUGUAGAUGUGAAUGUGGAGGAGAAUUCGCCUGUUCUUCGUCGGCCUCUUCGCCUGAUGCCCCGCUUCGACAGUGCUGUUAUGCGGACGACUCGUCGGCCCUCGGCAAACUUCUCGCUAUCCUCGUGUGGUUCCGUGCCCUGUGUCGCAUCGGCCCCUCAUAUGGCUACCACCCCGACCAUGCCAAGUGCUUCCUCGUCGUCAAGCCCGACCUCGUGCACACCGCGCGAGAGCUGUUCGCGGCCGAGGGGGUGCAAAUCGUCAUGGGCAGGAGGUUUGUGGGCGGCUAUAUGGGUGACGAGACGGGGAGGGCAGCCUUCCUCCGCGAGAAGGUCGAGGGUUGA